AUGGUUAUGGGAAAUCUCGAACGAUUGAGCGAUGUGACCAAGCUCUCUGCUCACGUCACCCGAGUACUCGGUCAAAACCCCGGUAUGAUGACCUUACAAGGAACAAAUUCCUACCUUCUACAACCACCUUCCAACCCUCAUGCACCCCUGAUCCUCAUCGACACCUCGUCUCCACUUACAGCCAACCAAUAUAUCGACCUCCUAUAUACUCACUUGCAUCAUCUGGGAUUAGAAUCGGGAGUUAGGGAAACACAUUUUGAGUCGUCCUACGCUCAGGCGUCCUUGAAGAAUGUCCCGGAAGAUAAAGUAGAUGAGAUCAAAGCGUCUAUCCUAAACAAGCGAUCUGAAGAUCCGAGAUAUGAAGAGAUGGAUCUAUUAGAAUAUGGACCGGGGAGUAAAUGGGUACCUAACCAGAAUAGGGAAAGGAAAUUACCUAAUAUCGAACAUAUCAUUCUCACUCAUCGACAUUUAGACCAUGUAGGAGCGUUACCAUUAUUGCUGAAUACAUUGAAAAAACAUGGAUGUUCAUUACCUAAAAUAUGGAAAUGUCCUUCACCCGACGAAAGUUAUUUGGCAUCUUCAAAGAACGAAAAUGAAAGAUUGACAAGUGACGGUGAAAUUUGGAAUUCCCUACCUAAAGGAACAUAUCAUUCGUUUUCACCUUUUCAACCAUUUCACCCUAUCAUACCCGGAUUGAUGAUAUCGAUUAUCGAUCCGGUCUAUAAGCAUUUGUUGAAACAUGAUAAAGAUGAUAAACCAAAGUGGAACGAAGUACCUGAAAUUGCAAGAGUCAGUUUAAGAUGUCUGAAGACUCCUGGUCAUACUCAAGAUAGUAUCAGUUUGGUCAUGUUGGAAGGUGAAAAGGGAGUGUUCACCGGUGAUACGGUAUUGGGUACGGGUACGACUCACUUUGCGGACUUGGGAAGCUACAUGACCUCCCUCCGAACCCUACUCGCACUCAAACCUAACGUUCUCUAUCCAGCCCAUGGACCCCAUAUUCCCGAUGCUGCCAAAGCAAAAGCCCAUCUGGAAACCUACAUCUUGCACCGACAAGAGCGGGAAAAUCAGAUCUGCAAGAUCCUCAAGGAUUUCAGAACCAACGAUCAAUCACUUGCGGAUAUCCUGGUUGAUCUCAAGAAAGAGAUUCAUACGAGAUUGGAAGAAGACAACAAAGCCAAGGGACCAUUGAUGUUAGAUAAGCGAAAGCCUAUCCCUUUACCUGAUUUCGAAGAAGAAAGAAAAGCGAUUGAGAAAGCCGAUAAAGAAGGAACUCGAGCUAGGUCCGCAAUACCUUUGACUGUGAUUUGCAGAUUGAUUUACAAAUCCGAAGAAGAGAAAUUACUCUUUGCAGCUUCAAAGGGCGUUUUGGCUCAUCUUACCAAAUUGGAGCAGGAGAAUAAGGUUAGGAAGAGUAAAGCUAAAUGGGCGAUAUUGGUCGCGAAGGAGGUGGAUGCGAAUGAUCUAGAGCAGGUGAAUGUAUGGGAGUGGGUCCGAUGA